GUGCGCAAAAAUUAUCACAAUUUUCAGGUGUGAGUGGAUAUAAAGAUGGACAGAACUUCACUUUGUAGACAUACGAGGCAGAUGCAAGCCUUAGUAAAUCCACCCAGCUUUUCAGCUUUUAUAGUAGAUUUUGCUUUCUAAAUCAACUAAAAAGUUAAAGCUAACUUUUAGUAUGUGAGACUAAUAAUAGUUACUGAUUGUAACAAAAUGAUUUGUCAAUCUGCUGAUUUAACACAUGCUGAAGUUUUGUAACAACUUUUGCCAGUAAUGUUUAUAGUCUCCAUAGAGAUGCUGUUAAACUUCCUGUCAUUUCUGCAUAUUUUUAAGGACACUUCCUGCUUGUUUCGACCACAUGAAUGUGAUUAGAUGUGUUUCUCAAAGCAAURUACAUUUUAUUUCUACUUGCCCAUGACAAUAGCUUUAAAUACAGUUUGGUUUGGAGACUCACUAAGAUAUUAUUACUUAUUCCAAACUUAUUCGCUUAUGUUGCCAAAACUAACAAUGCUUUUUUUUUGUUUUUACUUCAAUUAGUAUGAGACAACUGGAAGACUACGUCAGAGAGAGAGAGAGAGAGAGUUACAACCCUUAGUCAUCUCAGAAACCUCUGAUUGGUGUAGGGGACUGCAGUCAUGAAGACCAACAUGCUGGUUUUUGGUUCUCUGUAUUUGCUGCUUGGUUGGAUGCUUCCUYUAUGCGCCCGUAAGAUCUCUGGCACCUUCAUUACACAAGAUGAUCAGUCCAUCCCSCUGGACAUGGUUGACAAUUCAGUUGAUGACAUGUAYUCUACCUGCGCCACAAAGAUGGAAGCAAAGGUCAAGGGCACAUACUUGAAAAAGGAAAUGAGGAAGGACUUCAAAACAAUGUGGGAAGCAGCGGAAAAGUGCGCAAAGAAGAAAAUCAAAGAAAGAAAGAGAGGAGAUGAGGCUUUAACAAAAGAUCACCUGCAAGCAAUUUGUGCGUACACAGCAGGAGGACCAGAAAAUGUCUAUAAGACGUUCAACGAAGCAGUMCGGACCAACAGAACACAGUACGGUUCGACCUUUCCGUUCCAUUCUCUUCAUUUCUGGCUGACCAGAGCGAUACAGAUCCUCAAAACCAGUGACAGUAAAUGUCGCACAACUUUCCGCAGAACCAAAUCCACGUUCUCUGGCGUUGUCAGCAAAGUGAUUCGGUUUGGCACUUUCACCUCUACCUCCAACUUGUCAACUCUGACAAACUUUGGUGAGACUACAUGCUUUAAAAUUAGAACCUGCCACGGGGCUUAUUUGAAAAAAUACCCAAAGCUCGGAGACAGAGAGCAAGAGGUGCUCAUUCCACCUUAUGAGACGUUCAAAAUAAUCAGCAAAGAUAAACCCAUCAAACGACUUUCCGACUGUAAGACUGUUUACAUUCUGAAUAGCACCGGUGUCCAAAGCAAUCUUGACUGCCAAAUUACAGAACAAACACUUUGGUGAUUGUUUUUUUUUCUCUUUCUCUCUUUCAAACCCGUAAUUACGUAACCAUGUAUUUUAAUCUAAAUUUACACUUCUGGCAUUUUAAAACAAUGUUAUUCACAAAAAUCACAUCAAAGUGAUGGACUUGCAGAUGUUUUUUUUUGUGUGUGAAUACACAGGAUCAUGACCCCCAAAGGAAAAUCAAGUCCGGUUUGUGGGGAGGAUUAAAGGAGGGUUAAGCUUUAAAACAACAUCCCGACAAGCCUGGAACAUGUCAAAAAGUGCUGUUUAAUCCAUCAUCUGGAAAAUGAAAGAGUUGGGAGGUUUUUACUGCMUGGGGAUAUAUUUUUCAGAAGACAAUMAUUUUGUACAUGUUUUUAUCAGUAGUAUUGUGUUGGUAAAGUCUGUAAAAUACAUKAAAAAWKUUUAAGAAUCAUUCAAGUUUUAAUCCAUUCUGUAAGYUAAAUAAAUUGCCUUUGAGCUUUGAUAAACCGGUUUCAUAUUUUUGUACAGG